AUGGAGCUCUUGAGCGGCCAACGGAUCGACGAGGUGCCGGCCGAGACCUUUUCCCAGGUGCGCGACACGCCACCGGUGCCGACCACCUCGGUCUAUUCACGAACCGACGGCAUCGCCUCAUGGCGCUGCUGUAUCGACCGCGAAGGCCCCUUGGCAGAGAACGUCGAAGUUACCGGCAGCCACUGCGGACUAGGCUGGAAUCCGCUGGUGCUCUUCCUGCUGGCCGACCGCUUGGCCCCAACCGGAAGGCGACUGGCGGCGCGCGCUCAGGAGCACAGCAUGCAACAGCUCAGCGGCCUCGACGCAUCCUUCUUGUACUUGGAGACCGACAACGCUCCGAUGCACAUCGGCGGGGUUUCGAUCCUCGAUCCGGCAACCGCCGCUGGGCGAUUGGACUUCGCCGGCUUCGAGCACUUCAUCGCCAGCCGACUGCACGUCACCCGCACCUUUCGCCAACGCUUGGUCGAGGUACCGCUGAACCUGGGCAAGCCCUACUGGAUCGACGACGACGACUUCGACCUCGCCGAGCACGUCGAGCGCACCGAACUCCCCCGCCCCGGCGGCCUGCUCGAGCUGGCGGCGCUAGUUUCCUGGGAGAUGGCCGAGCCACUCAACCGCAAGCGCCCGCUGUGGCACAUCCUCUGGGUCGAAGGUGUCGAUACCAUCGAGGGCAUUGCGCCCGGCUCGGUGGCUUUGAUCAGCCGGGUCCAUCACGCGGCGAUCGACGGCAUGUCCGGCGCGGCGAUUUUGGGAGCGCUCUUCGACCUCGAUCCCAACCCGGCAGAGCCCGCCGAGGGGCCGCCAGCAGUCACCACCAUCAGCGAGCGACCGCCGAGCAAGUUGCGGCUGAUCGGCCGUGCCUACGGCAACCUGCUGCGCUCGCCGCUGGCCCUGCGCCGGGCGGCGGGCUCGGCGACCAGCGGGCUGGUGAAGAGCGGCGGUGCCCGGCUGACCAACAAGGUCGAGCCGCCACCGCUACCCUUCAGCGCCCCGCGAACGCUGCUCAAUGUGCCGAUCGGCAAACGCCGGACCUGGGGCGGGGCGCUGCUUUCCCUCGACCGCAUCCGCACUCUCAAGACCGCCGUCGGCGCCACCGUCAACGACGUGGUGCUGGCGAUUUGUACCGGUGCCCUGCGGCGCUAUCUGCUAGACCGGGGCGCCCUACCCGAGAAGCCCCUGGUGGCGAUGGUGCCGGUUUCGGUACGCGACGAAUCAGAGCGUGGCGCAAUGGGCAACCAGGUUUCGGCAAUGCUGGUUUCGCUGCCCACCAACCUGGCCGAUCCGCUGGCACGGCUGCAGGGCAUCCACCAGGCUACCGCUUCGUGCCGUUCUCCGCUCGCCGGCCUGGCGGCCCGGCUGUACAGCCGCAGCCAACUCGCCGAUCGCCACCGGCCGCUGUUCAACUUGGUGAUUACCAACGUGCCGGGCCCUCAAGCACCGUUGUACGUCGGCGGUGCCAGGCUCCAGGUCCACAUCGGCAUGGCGCCGAUCCUCGACGGCAUGGGCCUGAUCUUGCCGAUCUUCAGCUACGCCGGACAACUUGCCAUCGGGGUCACCUCUUGCCCUGAGGUCGUGCCAGACCCCGAGCGCCUUACGGACUACCUCCGCGACCAGAUCAGCGAGCUCGAGAGUGCCCUGGCCGGCGCUCAGAAGAUCCCUUCAGACGACCCCUGA